CUGUGCAUGACAUGGCAAAUUAAAUGCAUUUAAAAUCCGUAUUUGAAGUCCGAAACACUCGCGCUGCUAUCACACUCUCAACGCUCCGACUUGUCUCAAACCGGAUUUCGCCCCUUUUCUCAUAUCGAACAUUCAAUUCAACUCAAAUCAGCUCUUCAACCUUCGAUUCACCCCUAAUCUAUUUAUGGGUGAGGAAGAGGCAAUCACUGAGGUUGGUGAGGCAGUGGCUAAUGGGACUGUGUCACCAACUAAACCAGACAAUGAUGUAAGCGAGAAGAAAAAUGGGCAAAAGGAGGGGGUUGAAGAGAUUGGUGAGGACACAAAAGAUGAUAAGAAGGUUAAAAAUACAGAAGUCAAUGUUGACAAGGAUGAUGCUGAAUUAAGUAAAGAUGUCAAAGAAGGAGGAAAAAAGAAAGAGCUAAAGGAUAGCAAGGAAGCAGGCGAGGGUAAAAGAAAGGACGAAGGGAAAGGCAAAACAAAGGAAGAAGGGGAGGGUAAAAGAAAGGACGAAGGGAAAGGCAAAACAAAGGAAGACGGGGAGGAUAAACAAAAAGAAGGGGAGGGUAAAAGAAAGGACGAAGGGAAAGGCAAAACAAAGGAAGAAGGGGAGGGUAAACAAAAAGAAGGGGAGGGUAAAAGAAAGGACGAAGGGAAAGGCAAAACAAAGGAAGAMGGGGAGGRUAAACAAAAAGAAGRGGMKRKGGAAGUCGAUGAAGAGGAAAUUGCAAAUAAGCAAAGUGAGAAUAAAAUUGCGGAAGUCGCUGAUUUAAAAGACGAAGAAGACAAGAUGGAAGAGAUCAAACAGGAAAAACGUGCAACAAAGAAGAGUGGUGGAGAAAAAGGCAACAAGAAGAAGGUAGUGGAAGAGAAAAAAGGGAAAGAGCAAAAGGUGGAACCAAAGACUCCUGUUGGUCCUGCAAUUGAUCGACCAGUACGGGAGCGUAAAUCUGUAGAAAGGUUGGUUGCUGUCAUCGACAAAGAUACUGCCAGGGAAUUUCAUAUUGAAAAGGGCCGUGGUACUGCAUUAAAAGACAUCCCAAACGUUGCUUACAAGUUAUCAAAGAAAAAGAUGGCUGACGACACACUUAAACUGCUACAUACCAUCUUAUUUGGAAGGAGAGGAAAGGCUUUGCAGAUCAAGAGUAACAUAUUGCGGUUUUCUGGCUUUGUCUGGCAUGAAAAUGAGGAAAAGCUAAAAGCUAAGGUGCAAGAGAAGCUUGACAAGUGUAAUAAGGAGAAGUUGUUUGAAUUCUGUGAUAUGCUUGACAUACCUAUUACCAAAACUACGGCGAAAAAGGAAGAUGUCAUUGCAAAGCUGAUAGACUUUUUGUUGGUUCCUCAUGCCACAACUAGUGAGUUACUUGCAGAGAAAGAGCAGUCAAGCAAAGGCAACAAACGUAAGAGGGAGAGCAAGAAAAGUGUAUCAACUUCUGGGGCUGCAUCUUCAAAAGACUCUUCGAAGAAACAGAAAAGUAGAAGUGCAUCUGAAGAACAUAAGAAGAGUACUUCUGAGAUGAAAGACUCGGAAGAAGAGGAAGUGGAAGAGGAAGAAAAUAAUGAACAUCAGAAUGUGAAUGGUGGCCCAGAGAAAUCUGAGAGCGAGAAAUCUGAGCAUACUGAAAGUGAAGAAGAACAUGUGUCUGAACCUGAAUCUGGGAAAAACAGUAACAAGCGCAAACGAGUUUCUGAAAAACCUUCUUCCAAGAGGGAAUCAGCUCCAAAAAGUAAAUCAAAGAAGGAAGCAACACCUAAGAAGUCUACUCCUCCUCAAAAGAAAACACCGGUUGAAUCUUCUACAAGUCAUUCCAAAUCCAAGGAUGAAAGUGUACCCACCCCGAAGACCUUUUCAAGGAAGAAGAAAAAUCAUGUGGUCGAUGAGAAGCCUUCAACUCCCAAGAAGUCUGCUUCAAAAGAGAAAACUGGUAAAAAGGCUCUGAAAGACAAGGAGAAACCUAAAGAAGAAAAGCAGAAGCCUAGCGAUGAUGAACUCAAAACUGCAAUAUGUGAGAUCCUUAAAGAAGUUGAUUUCAAUACGGCAACCUUUACCGACAUUUUCAGACAGCUGGUUAAGAGAUUCAAUGCGGACCUCAUAUCAAGAAAGCCGUCCAUAAAGUUCAUGAUCCAGGACGAACUUACGAAAUUAGCCGAUGAAGCAGAUGACGAGGAUGAAGGCGAACCUGAGAAAACCGAAAAAGAAGCAUCGGUCAAAAAGGCGUAAGAAUGAACGCACAAUCGGUAUUUCUUGCUAAUCCCUUUCAUUUAUUAUGCCACCAUGUAGUGUUUUAUCUCUCCUAACUAUUUGUAAUUUUUUGUUAGUUGGUGACAUAAAAGCAGUUUGUGUUCAACUAGAAACCCCGUAGAAAUAGAAGUAGAACCGUGGAACCGCUUAAGCAUGACCACGGUUUCGAUGCUUGGUAUGUAUACAUGAGUCCAAAUUGUAGGCAUCCAUGUCUUUUGUUUUUCUUAUGGAUCUUUUGAUGAUAAUUUUGGGUCUUUGUUUAA